AUGGAUUUGAUCACGGAACUGUCCCGUGAAGAUCUUCUCAAAAUCAUCAAAACGGCCUUGGUGUCGAAGAGUGCUAGCCAGACGACAGAUUCAAAAGAUGCCGUAGAGGAGGAGGGAGAGCAACGAGAGGAAGCUGGGAUUAACAUUAGCACGACAACAUUGCUGCAGAGCCCCGCACAACAAGAAGCGCAGAGGAACCAUUCGACGCCGAACAAAAACAUGGUUGGUAUAAACGAGAUCCACGAACCGGUCAUUUUCGAGCUCCCCAUGGAUAACAUCAUAAAGAAACUGAAUGAGAUCCAAAACUUGUCAUCACUUUUGGGGAACAAGGAGAAGAAGUUGAAAAAUUGGUACAGCUCCUUAAUCUCCAUUUCUGAUACUUUCAUUUCUGAUUUGAACUCAGACAAAGAGAGGAUAAAUACCGAUUUUGUGAAGUCGUUGGAAACAAUCACCAAAAUUUUCUCAAUUACUUCCAAGUUUUCUCCCAUAGAAACAAUCAAUGAAUCAGUGUUAACGCCGACUAUACGAAAUCUGAUAAUGGAUUUCAAAUCCAACACUUUUACAUCCUUGGAAAACUACUGCUCUGAUGAUCUGUCCAUGUAUACACUUAACAAGGAUGUCGAGGAAAACUUGAUACGAUUGAUUCCAAUAUUGUCCCAGCAACUUCUUACGUUCAAAAAACAGUUGAAAAAGUUUUACUCGCUGUACGACCUAGUCGAUGAUUACGAACAUCUUGACCGAUCAUUCCUCUCCAAAAUUCCGACAAAGACUGAUAUUGGACUCUUCAACGAGAUCAAUGAAGCAACAGAUAUUAAAUCGAUUCUUCAAACAAACUUCAAUCAGAUAAACCCAGAUCUUAUUCGACAACUAGACGUCGAGUCAACAAAACUGAACCAAUAUAUAGUAAGGAAAGCACAAUUGUUAAAAGCAGUGAUUAUCGAUGUGACAACUUUGAAUCAUGAGCUAUUCAGAAGUAACGAGGAUCAAUAUCUACAAUUACCUACUUCUGUUGAUGACACAGAGUCUAUAAUAUCACAUUUUGGGGUUAAAUCCGCUGUUUUCUCCCACUACGACAACAUCUUGGGCGAAUUACAAAACCUCAAAAUCGAAAGAGAAAAUUUGUUGAACUCAUACUUGGUUCAAGUCGAACAGUUGUGGUCCAUUCUAAGGCCCGAUUCUAACGAAAUUCAACAUUUCUUGAAGCAAAACAAGAAUCUCUAUGCUGAUUCCCUCCAAAAUUUUGAGAAUCUUUUGAGUGAGUUGGAAGAUGAGAAGUUGACAAACAUCAAACAAUUUAUUCGGAUUUCCAGGGAAAAAAUACAAGGGUUUUGGGAUAUUCUCAUGUACGAUGAGGAAUCAAGAUCAAGUUAUACAGAUUUUUAUAUUGAGGAUGAACAACAGUUUGACGAGAAGUUGCUGGAUUCUCAUUCAGCUGAGUUGGAAAGAUUGCGAAAGGAAAGUGAAUGUCUGAAACCUUUGCUAAAUCUAAUUUCUAAACUGAAUGAUUUGGUAGAAGAGAAGAAGCUUUUGGAUGAUGCGUCGAAGGAUCCAUCCAGAUUGUUGAAAAGAAACUCUUUCCAAAUCUUGAAGCAAGAGGAGAGAACAAGAAAUAUGUUAGGUAAACGAUUUCCGCUGGUGAUCGAACAACUCAGAGCCAAAAUUGACAGCUUUGAAAAGGAGAAUGGUCGAACAUUCAAGCUUAAUGGCGAAUCAUACCUACAGAAACUUGAUGAGGUUGAAAAUUUCUGUAUUCACAGCAGACGGAACUAUCGAUCCUCCUUCAAUUCACCUACAACUUCUUCAAAAUGUAGGAAGUUCACAUCUAUGCCUUCCCAAAGAAAAACGACGUCAAGAGCUAAAAUUGUUGCAACACCUUCUCGCUCAAUAAUUAGAAAGAGGGAUCCGAGCCAAAUGACAAAUCCAUUUUUAUCAAAGGAGCCAACACCCUUGAGAAAGCAACGCACCAUGACACCCUCUUUUUCUUCGUCAUCGAAAACUAGUACUCCUCAGUCGCUUUCGACUGAACCGAUAAUCUUACGAGGAAGGUCUCCUGUGCGUAGUCUCAAUUUGAAUGGCUCGACAAAACUGACCUCGUUUCCAACAAUUAAAUCUCCAAACUUAGCAAGUUCAAUUUCUUUCAGUGCACCCUCGAAGCCAAACUCGGUACCUUCAACAACAAUGGCAAAAACUUCUUCAAAAAAGGUACCCUUGAGGUCUUCUAUGGGAUUGAUCAAUAAACCUAACUUUAAUAAUAUACCCUCAUCCAUAAAAAAACCUACCUCAAUUCCUGUGGAGGAAUUAAGUGACUCGAUUCUCGAGUAUUCAGAUACCGAAAAUGAAGACAAACAGGAUACAUCUAAAAGAGACAAAGAAAAUAUGAACCCUGUCACUAUGGCUACAAUUUCGAAAGUCAUGAGUGAACAAACACAUCAUUUUAAUCUGAGUCUGGAUUCAGAAACUUUCUAA